UCUGCGGCGCGCGGGGCGGGCGUGGCGAAGCGCUCACCCCCGGCCGGUCCGGGGUCUCCUGUCAGUUUAGGCCGCUGCGUGACGCUUUUGCGCUCAAAUCCGCCUGAUUGCAACAUGCACGUGAGGAGCAGCGAUGCCACCGCCAUGAAGCCCGCGCGGGCAGUUCGAAGACCUGAUCCAGAAUGCUACUUAUACAGAGAAAAUCUUGCUUUGUACCAUAUAGGAAAGGAGAAGAGAAUACCUAUUUGAGGACACAACAAGCAGCAUGAUGGAUUCAGAAGACCUUUUUCUUAACAAGUCAACGGCAGAUCAAACUGGUAAUCGCAUUGUAAAAGUUAACUCAGGCAAACAUUAUUUCUGUGGCUGUUGUUCAGCCAUUACAAACGUUGCAGUAACUUUCCCGAUCCAGAAAGUCCUCUUUCGGCAACAGCUGUAUGGGGUACGAACCAGAGACGCAAUAUGUCAACUACAGAAAGAUGGGAUCAGAAAUUUGUACCGAGGUAUCCUUCCUCCACUGAUGCAGAAGAGCACAACCCUGGCAUUAAUGUUUGGCCUAUAUGAGGACUUGUCUUCCGUGCUCCUGAGACACAUAAGUGCGCCUGAAAUCUUGGCCCGGAGCUUAGCAGCUGUGCUCGCUGGGACCACAGAAGCUGUCCUGACCCCUUUUGAGCGCGUGCAGACACUUCUGCAGGACUACAAACAUCAUGACAAAUUUACAAACACUUAUCAAGCAUUCAGAGUUCUUCGAGAGCAUGGGGCCAGGGAAUAUUAUCGGGGCUUGGUGCCAAUCCUGCUUAGGAAUGGUCCUAGCAACGUUCUUUUUUUUGGCCUGCGAGGACCUAUCAAGCAAUGCCUGCCAGAAGCAACAACUUACAGUACUCAUCUGAUCAAUGAUUUUAUAUGUGGAGGGGUACUGGGUGCUAUGUUGGGAUUUCUGUUUUUCCCAGUGAAUGUUGUAAAAGCCCGCAUGCAGUCACAAAUUGGUGGGGAAUUCCAGUCUUUUUCCACAGUCUUUAUGAAGAUUUGGCUGGAGCGUGACAGAAAACUGACACAUCUCUUCCGAGGGGCCCAUUUAAAUUAUCACCGGUCCCUGAUUUCCUGGGGAAUAAUUAAUGCAACCUAUGAAUUCUUGCUUAAAUUGCUAUAAUUGGUUAUGAAUUUUCUCUCUCUGGUCGAGCGUCAGACAGUCCUGAGCUGUUUCCAGGAACUAAGCAAACACUCGCAAGUAUCUCUGACUCCAUAACAUUUGAGAAACUAAAUUGCCAACAAAUAGUGGUUUCAGUUGCUAUGGAUGUCAGUUAUUUAAACAGUGCCUAACUAGUUCAAAAUAUAAUUGUAUUCACUCUUGUUCUUGGCCUUCCCAUCUAUGGGUGUGGCAGCUGUAUGGCUAAAACAAUUAACUGAGAAGUUUCCUGAAAUAUAAGAAGCUAGCAGGUUGAUUCACUCAAAGCAUAUAAUAAAGUAAAUUUCAUGCUGGCCUAUGAAAGUUUGCUCCAGAUCACCUUCAGCUUUAUCAACACUCCUGGUGAUCCAAAGAAUGCACUUCGUAGAAAAUAACAAAGCAAAAAAAAAAAACACCUGAUAUUUAGUUUGUGGCUUGACCAUUUGCAACAAAUGGUAGCAUUUUUGUAAUAAGUGGACCUUGAGUUUCCAUGAAGCUUCAUGUCCCCCCUCUUGUUUUUUAUUAUGAUGAAUGUUGUUAUACUUUGAAAAGAGAGUGCCAAAUGUAGAAGAAAAAACUCUUGCUCUAAAACAGAUUCUAAGUCAUUUUGGAACACUGUUGAUGUAAAUGACAUCUUAGCAAAAUUAGUAUUAAAUUUUACAAAUUGGUGGAUGUAUCGCAACUACUAAAUAGUGGUUGUCGACUGUGGAGGAAAGAGUGAGAAAAGCACUGCUGUCUGAGAAGCUUUAUUCUUCAUUUUGCACUGUCACUGCAUUUUUCAGUGUCAAUUGGUGUUUAAGCUGUUAAUUUUGGUGAAAUGGAUACUCUAAACCAGUGUUUCUUUUAAACCCCCCCCCCCUUUUCAGGUUUAGAAAUUAUGCUACAAAUCAUAACUGGUGCAAACCAAAAGUAAAAAUCCCAGUUACUUCUUAGUGGUAUAUAAUAAACUGACUGAAUGAGUUUACAUCAAUCUAGGAUCUAGUGAUGCAGAAUUUUAGUGUACCAAAGUAAAAUGUUUAUUGCCAUUUUCAGGGUAUUCACUCUGUUGAAAAAGAAAUCACAGAGCUAUUUCUCACACCACUCAGGAGUGUUUAUAUUGAGGGCAUGUGAGUUUGCAUCAGGCUCAUUUGCCCUUUGCUUUUCCUGGAAUCUUUUAUUGUAGAUUCAUCUCCAUACAAGAAAGUCUGGCAUAGGAGAUUCAUCCACUUUUAACAACUGACAAAUUUGUCUAAAUCCCUUCUUUAUGUAUAGCCUAUCCACUCCCAGUCUAUGAACUCGCCUCAUAAUGUGAUGUGAAGGACCAUGCCUAUAUUAAAAAAGAAGGAAAAGUCUCUGCAAAUAUUAUACAGGGCUGAUUUUCUGUGAACUUUAAAUCAUGCCAACAAACAUUUAUGUAUUUGAAAUAGUAAGCAACAGGUCAGCAAGGGGAAAUUCAGUCAAAAUAAUCAUUUGAGGUGGGAGAUUUUGUGCAAAUAGUUAAUAUUUCCUAUUUAUGAUUUAUAGGAAAGCUCUCCCAAACUCAGUUGAUUAUUCUCCAAGUGUUAGAAUUAUUUUCUUAGAAGUUAGAUAACAGGUUUGAGAUGGUAGGAUUUUUAGUUUAUCUUGCCUAUUGUCCCUCCUCUACAAGAGUGCCCCAAAUCAACAAUUAAUUCAUCUUCUAGAUUUCUUGAUGCUUAGGAUACUUAGCUUCACAGUUGGAUUGCCAAGCACAAAAUGAAAGAAUGCUUACUAUUUUGAAUGUUGUAAUUAUAUACAUAUAAACAAAAUGUCUGUUGAAUGUUUAACUGGUAAAAUAUAAUUCUGCCAGAGGGUGUGGGGGUUGUUUUUUUGUUUUUGGUAACUUCCUUUGGUGGAAUAAACACAAGUAAAUCCAG